CUCGCCACCAUCACGACGCCUUAUUGAAUUGAGAGCAAUUCACAUCAAAUCUGGCUUAUUUUAUGGAUAAUAAGAAGAUCAACUUCCAAAGUUGCAGGUGAAUCUGCAGUUUCAAGAUGAAGAGCUCUUAUGUGUUGAUACAGUUCUUCGUCGGAAGUUUUCUUAUAUACCCUGUUUUGACAUCAACCAAAAUAUGCCCAAGAAAUUAUAUUCGUAGAACCUCACAUGAUUCAACUGAAUAUUGCUGCAAAAAAGUAGAGAAUAACUGCCCCGCGGGAACUUUUGUGCGAAAAUGUUCCAACAACUUAGGAAAGGAUAUAUGCAAACCUUGCCCAGAUGAUACCUGGAUCGCAGAUGAAACAAAUUCAGACUAUCCUUUCCAAUGUGAGGAAUAUUCUUGUCAUUAUGGUGCAAAAAGGGUCAACUAUCUUUCGACAUCAGGUUGCAGCCUACCAUGUGUUUGCGAUACUACUAACAACUUUUAUGGACUUGACAAUUGCAAUUGUAAGGUGUUUAGUGGAAAGUGUAAGCAUGGAACAACACUUUCUAUCAAUGGAUCAUGUCUUUCGGUCAGAAUAGCAGAAGAGAUAUAUACAGUAAAGCUAGAAGAACCAGUAUACAUUCCCAUACAAGAAAUCACUGACAAUCAUGAAGAGAACAAAAAAACAGCUAUCAACGGGAAUGUACCAAAUAUUGAUAUUUCGAGGACCACAAUUACCAAAGUAUCCUCUUGGGGAAAUAAAACAGAUACAGAGACUAAGGAAAUUGUGGAUAACACCAUCAAUUCAAAAAUACUUAUAACGAUUAUUGUUUGUUCUGCUACUUUGGGUCUUUUCCUACUAGCAUUUUUUGGAGUGAGACAAUUCAGACGUAAAAAAGGGAUGAUACGUGAAUCUUCAAGUUCCAAAGAGAGUCCAAACUCACAAGAUGACGAAGACAUUACUGAUGUAAAGAUCACAGAUUGCACAUAUGUUAAAUCAACGGAUUCCGGAAUAUCUCUAUUAACUACAUCCUCACAAGAUCCAACUGAAAAGAGAGUGCAAGAUGAGUCACCAUUGAGUUCCAUAACACCAUUUCGAGAUAAGCAAGUUGCCUUUGUUUCCCCUAUACUACAGAAUCACGCUGACCAUAAUCAAACAACCGUUCCUUUACUAGCAACAGAUUCGAAUGAAACACCCUUUAUGGCAUUAUCAACUUCUUCAAUGGAUUACAUCAUUCAACAAAGACCAGAGUUGUAGUUGAAGAUGAAUGCAGAUCGGAAGAACCGAAAGCUCAGAUAUCUUUGUGUUAUUGAUUUAAAGAGAUAUGAAUAAUUUCCCCUGUAUUUAUUUCAUGCUAGGAAUUUUUAUUGAGUACAUUCAACCUUUACUUAAAUUCACAGUAGUACAGCUCCAUAUGCGUUGUUUGAUGUUCUAACAAUUUUAUGGCCUAUUUCUAAAAAGAUCACCAUAAUAUUAACGCAAAAUCAAAAACCCACUAAUUUUAACUGAUUUGGAAAUUUUCAGUAUUCAUAAACCAAAUAUAUUGAAGAAGGAAAUCUUAACUAUUUCAUUUGAAACUUUUUUUUAUAGUUUUGUUCCUACGCAUGUAAAUUUUCUGAAUUUUGCAUAAAAUUUUAAAUUAGAUAAUUUCAAUUGAUUUAAAAGAGUGUGUUUUAGAAAAAAAACCAGUUUGAAUUACAGACGUACUGCUAGACCGCAUCUUUCAAUAUUUAUAUCCUUGCGAGUUUCGGCGUACAGGUUAAGCAAUUACAAACCGUUCGAUUAUACAAAGAAUUCAGAGAUAAAUUAUAUAAAACGAGUCACAUUUUGUUUUGCGAAACAAGAGUUCAAUUUUAUUAAAGCUACACGUGCUUCGGAUAUGUUAUAUUUUUUUUAAUCGUCGAUAGAUGCUCAGGUGAGGUCAUACACUUUGGAAAAUUAUUUUUAUGAAAUUGAUAAAUAGCAUGACGAAUACAUAAAAAAGAAAACUGUGUCACGCCAGUGACUUCUCCUGUAAAAAAGGUUGUACGCAAAGUGUCUGUGUUUUUAGCUUUUAAAAUACGUAUUCAGAAACUUUAGGUAAAGAGAAGUGGUUUGGUAACCGAGGUAUUUGAUGCGUAAUACCGUUUGUUUUUAAUACGCUGUAUAUUAGUAUAUGUGAUAUUUCAUAACUACGGUAUACUAACUAUGAAACGUCAAGGCAUAUAUACAUGCAGGUGCCUUUACAAGGAUCUGCUUGCCUUCGAUGAAAAUCUUAUGUAUGUGUUAGAUGACACAGAAAACAUCUAAACAUAUACAUUUGUUAUGUGGGAUGUCAGUGCAUAAACAUUGUAUGGUUUCAUGCAUGCAUCCUCCUAAAGGUCAAUUAUACAAUGUAUGAUAUGGUCUGUAGGUGAGUUAUGGUGUAAGGUCUGUUGUCAAAAGUCGAUCUUCUUCUGUAUAUAAUAUGAUUGGAUUCAAAUUUAUCAUGAAAUUAUGUAUUUUUUUUUAUCUUUUUUCUGACUUAAAUAUUGCUUUUGUGUUAAACCAGUAUACAAACUUCAAAAGGAAACAGGAUAAAACCUUCUUUGUCACAAUUGGAAUUUUAUUAUAACAUAUUUUAAUCAAUUUUUCCAAUUAAUAAAAAAUAAAAAAUUCUCAAGUUUUUAGUGCAAAUGGAAGUUUCUUUUAAGCUUUCUCAGACAGAAAUUGUCUAUGGCUAAUUUAGGUCAUAUUUAUAUUUGCUCUUGAGCUAAAAUUGUUUAGCAAGCUACUAUAAUGUAUUACUUUUCUGCUACCAAAAUGGUACUUAUACCAUACUCAAUCUUGUUCUUGAUCGACAGUCAUAUAAUGCGUCGUAGACUGUUCUGAAAGCAUGCCUGCAGAGGACUUCCUUUAGACAAUGCAAUAUUUUAUAAAUUGAAACUUCACAGUCAAUUUAGGAAAAGAGCAUUGAGAUUAAUGCGUAUGUCAAAGUAUUUAAAAAAAAAAGAGAGAAAUUGCUACUCUAUAAUAAAAGAGUAACGCAUUUAUUAGAGUUAGGUUUAAAAUGUAUAAAAUUUUCAAAUUCCCAUCAUUAUUAUUGUAGAGAUAUCUUGUAGAUUUUGUCAAUUAGAACUUUUUUUUAUGUCUAAACUAUCUUUUGUUAGAAAAUUGUUUUAAUUUGGGGAUGUUCACUUGUAUUUUAUUCGAAUAUUUUAGCAUUCUUAUUUUUAAAUAUUUGUAUCUAUUUAGUUAUAUAAUAUGAUCGUAAAUUUUGUCAAUUUAAAAUGUCAGAACUUUAAUAAUUUUUGUUUAAUAAUGGUGAUGGUUUGGUGCAAAAAAGGGCUUACUUUUCCACGAAUAAAAAGAAAGGAAAAUACAACUUCCAUAAAUUAUAAUGCACAGAAAAAACCUACACAACAAAGAAUAUGGACGAAAGAAGAAAUAGAACACACGUCAAAGAGACAGAAACCCAAGGAAACAAAAAUCCCCUAGAGACAAACGUCAACAUAAGUCAUGAUAUUUUGGUACAAAGUACAGUUUGGAUCAACAUAAAAUAAUGUUCAAAAAGAUAUUAUGAACCUUCAUUCACUCACAACUUCAUUAUUUUCCCACUCUUUUAUAUAGCGUCUUCAAACAUAUGAAUAAUUACAUACACAUAUAUAAAUGAAGUAUUGGAGGGAAAAUGUUGCAAUGGAAUUAGUUGGAGUGGGCAAAUAAAACAGAUUUAUAACAAUAGAAACUUUGAAUUCACAAUUUGACGUUUAUACAUAAUAUCCUAUCUAUAAAACAUUAUUUUCAGUUGAAUAAUAAGGGUCGUGCAUAAUAACAUACCGGAACCAUAAAGUCUGAAUAAAUUGUAAAAGAAGUGAUAUGAAGUUGAUGUACAUGGUACAAUAUUUUCAUGCAACACUGUAAAGUUAAAUAACAAAUUUCCAAAGUCAUUAGUCUGUUGUAAAGCGAUUGUCGUUUGUUCAUGUUUGUCACAUUUCUUUUUUCGUUAGUUGUUUUGUUAUAAAUUAGGCCAUUGGUUUUCUUGUUUGAAUUGUUUCACAUUUUUCAUUGAACUCUGUUGGAUACUGUUGUCUCAUUGGCAAUCGUACCACAUCUCCUUAUUUUCAGAGUAUGGGCUUAAAUUGUUUAUCUCAAUGUAUUUUGGCAUAAAUUUUUAUGAGAAAUUUAAUUUUCGAUUGUCUUUUGUGAUUUAUUCACAGUUUUUAGACUAGUUAGAGGCCAGUUAGAGCUUGACACAUUGUAAAGACACCUGUCUAUUGUUAAAGACCACAAGAUGAACACCAGAUGUCUUUCGGUUUUUCAUGUUGCCGCGUGGGUUUCUGGCUCGUCGACAUAUACUUAACUUCUUUUUUUAAUUUAUAAAUAUAUACAUUUAUUUGUAUUUAAAUUUUAGUCUUUUUUUUAAAUGCAUUGUAUUUAAAGUAUCAAUCAAAAACUUCGAAGAUACAUUUAUGUUUUUAUCAUCUUUGUAAUUUUAAUAAAAUGGUGGUGGGUUCUUCA